CUGCUGGGUCAUUGUUCAGAUCGUCUAACGCGGAGCAGCUUUAGUUACGAAAGCUUCUUGUGCUGGUCGUUACUAUUAGCCUAGUACCAUUGUAAAAUGAAGUUUUUGUAUUUGUGUCUGUUUGCUGUCAUUGCUUGGACGUCCGAUGCACUUGUCCGGAUUCCUCUGAGAAAGUUCCGCUCCAUCAGGCGCACACUGUCAGACUCUGGGAGGAGUGUACAGGAGCUGCUCGCUGGAGAGGAGUCCCUGAAGUAUAACACCGGCUUCCCCUCCAGUAAAGGACCCACUCCAGAGACACUGAAGAACUUCCUUGAUGCUCAGUACUAUGGAGAGAUCGGCCUGGGCACUCCGCCCCAGACAUUUACAGUGGUGUUCGACACGGGAUCCUCCAACUUAUGGGUGCCAUCUGUCCACUGCUCUUUCACUGACAUCGCCUGCCUGCUUCACCACAAAUAUAAUUCUGGCAAGUCCAGCACAUAUGUGAAGAAUGGGACUGCCUUUGCCAUUCAGUAUGGGUCUGGUAGCCUGUCUGGGUAUCUCAGCCAAGAUACAUGCACGAUCGGCGAUAUCUCUGUGGAGAAGCAGGUGUUUGGGGAGGCCAUCAAACAGCCCGGAGUAGCCUUCAUCGCCGCAAAGUUCGAUGGAAUCUUGGGCAUGGCCUACCCCCGUAUCUCAGUGGAUGGGGUUGUCCCUGUCUUUGACAACAUCAUGAGCCAGAAAAAGGUGGAGAAAAAUGUUUUCUCCUUCUACCUGAACAGGGAUCCAGAGACCCAGCCCGGUGGAGAGCUGCUGCUGGGAGGGACCGACCCAGAGUACUACACUGGAGAGUUCCACUACCUGAACAUCAGCAGACAGGCCUACUGGCAGAUCCACAUGGAUGGAUUGGGCAUUGGCAGCCAGUUGACUCUCUGCAAGGGUGGCUGUGAGGCCAUUGUGGACACAGGCACCUCCCUCAUCACUGGGCCAACUGCUGAAGUCAGGGCACUGCACAAGGCCAUCGGGGCUGUUCCCCUCAUCCAGGGUGAGUACAUGAUUGAUUGUAAGAAGGUGCCCAACCUGCCCACCAUCACCUUUGUCCUGGGUGGACAGGCCUACACUCUGACUGGAGAGCAAUACAUUCUCAAGGAAAGCCAGGCACGUCAAAGUAUCUGUCUGAGUGGGUUCAUGGGGCUUGACAUUCCUGCACCUGCUGGGCCCCUGUGGAUUCUGGGAGAUGUAUUCAUUGGCCAGUACUACACUGAAUUUGACCGAGAAAACAACAGGGUGGGCUUUGCUAAGGCCAAGUAGGUAUGACCUCAGCUGUCCCUGACAAUUGGCUCUCAAAGGAAGAGGAGUGGGGAAAAACUAAAAUAAAAAAAAAAAAAACUACUAAGGAAUCUGCACAAACAUGAUUUCUGUUAGCAAUGCAUUUGUGUUGAAUUUGCACUGUGCUUCACUGAAACUUUAUGAAACUUUUUUUUUUUUUUAAAGCGAAAUGAUCAAAAUGAAUGUGGCUAUAGAAUUUAAACUGGCAGAAAAUUUUAUCAGGAUUGCUUGGGGGUUUUACAGGUGUGUGUGUGUGUGUGUGUGUGUGUGUGUGUGUGUG